CAACGAAGGUCCUCUGUAUACUAAACCACCAAACAUGAGUUUCUUUAGCCACUCUUCCAAACAAGACUCUUGCUCCUACAGCAACAGAGGACUGGUGAGAACAUCCGGCAGCGGGGCGCACAGCUUAAGUGCUGGUUCUGGAGGAAGGGUCUUUGCUGGAAGCACCAGCAGAGGCGAUGGUGCACGGGGCUCUGGUGGAGGCAUGUGUAACACCAGUAGAACAUCUGGAGGUCAAGGGAGAUGGAGUUCUAGUGGCACUUCAGACAACACUGGAGGGCCCUGGGGCUGGAGUACUAGAUGGGGCAUGUCUGGAUGUGGCUCAACAGGAGGCUUUCAUGGAUUUGGCGGUGGAGAGAAUGGCUUUCUUUUGGGAGAUGACAAACAAACCAUGCAAAACCUUAAUGACCGCUUGGCAACCUACCUGGGUAAAGUGCAUGCUCUGGAGGAGGCUAACGCUGACCUUGAGGAAAAAAUCGCAGAAUGGUAUAAGAAACUGGGACAAGGGACCAAUGACGGAGGAUCACGUGAUUAUAGCAACUAUUAUACAAGCAUUGAGGAUCUUCGAAAACAGAUAAUUAGUGCAAUUACAGAAAAUGGAAAAAUCAUUUUGCAGAUUGACAAUGCAAGGUUGGCUGGUGCCGACUUCCAACUCAAGUAUGACAACGAACUGUCCCUCCGCCAGGGUGCCGAAGCUGACAUCAAUGGCCUGCGUAGAGUCCUGGAUGAAAUUACCAUGAGCAGGAGCGAUCUGGAAAUGCAGAUCGAAAACCUGACUGAGGAACUCCAAUACAUUAAGAAGAGUCAUGAGGAGGAUAUGAAGUCUGUGAUGGACAGCACUGCUGGAGAUAUAGUUGUAAAGAUGAAUGCUGCACCCGGAGUUGACCUGACUGCUCUUCUCAACAAGAUGAGAGCUGAAUAUGAGGCCAUUGCUGAGGAGAACCGAAAAGACAUUGAGAUGUGGUUCAGUGAACAGAGUCGAGAACUGAACAGGCAGAUCAGCAGCAGCGCCCAGGAGACCAGCACCAACAAGAAUGAGAUAAUGGAACUAAGACGCAGUCUGCAAAACCUGGAGAUUGAACUGCAGUCACAACUGUCUCUGAAACAAUCUCUUGAGGGCACACUAACAGAAGUGGAAGGCCAAUAUUGUGCCCAGCUUUCCCAAAUGCAAGGAGCAAUAAGCAAAGUGGAGGAUCAAGUGCAGCAAAUCAGGGCUGAUACGGAGAGUCAGGAUAGAGAAUAUCAGCAGCUUUUAGAUACCAAGAUCCGCCUAGAGAGUGAGAUUGAAACUUACCGCAAACUGAUGGAUGAGGAAGAGAGAUCAAGCACAUUGGAAUAUGAAGAUUCAAGAUUUGGGGCUUCAAGAGCUACAGAUGGAGGAUCCAGAGGUUUUGGUUAUUCUGAAUCCUCUUCUAGAAAGCCAAGAUCUAUAGAGUCAAGGUCUAGAAGCCAAGAAUUGGUCACCCCUGAGUCCCAGAACUCCAGAUAUGGAGAGUCAAGAUCUAGAACUUCAGGAUCUGCAAGCACAAGAUCUAGUGCUGGAAGUUCUGAUGACUCAGGAUCGAGAGGUAGAAGCUCUGCCAGAGAUCUACAAAAGACAAGAGUGAUCAAGACAAUUGUGGAAGACAGAAUUGGUGACCAAGUUAUCUCCACUCGUGUCCAGUCUGUAGAAGAAAAACCAGUACAAUAAGCAAUCUUGAACCACUGUAGGAAGACUUUUUAAAUAAGCUGUAGCAAAAGAGCAAAGUAUACAACAAUAUGCAAUGUAAUCCUAAACAGAGCCACACUCUUCUAAACCUAUCAGUUUCAAUGGAUUUAGAGGGAUGUAACUCUCUUUAGGACUGCGCAGCUAACCACAAAAAAAGUCUACCUAAAAAUUACAAUCUUCUGUUAGAAUUUUCUUUGUUUCUGUGCUUCUGUUACCACUGCUUCUAUAAAAACAUUCCUUCCAUGAAAACCAAAAGAAAAUGUUGGCACCAUUGUCUUGCACUCCACAAUAAACUUUUUCUUACUGU